AUGGUUUUACGAAUUGCUAUUGUUGGAAGCGGCAUCUCAGGACUGGCAGCAUUCUGGGCACUUCGGCUCACAGAGCAUGAUGUUCACCUAUAUGAACGCAGCGACUGUCUCGGAGGCUGCGAACAGGUUUUCUCAUGGUCUGACGAGGAAGAGAAGGCUUUGAUAGAUCCGACAUUGACAUUAUACAAUCCCACUAGCCACCCAAAUCUCGCCGCUUGGCUGUCAUACUUGCAGAUACCAACCAUCCCGGUGCAUUACACAUUCGGGGUUGAAAAUGAAAGUACAGGUUUUGGAUGGUCGUCGACGUCCCUUUGGCGACUUUUUUCUCGGAAUAUUUUCCUCAUGUGCCGCAUGCUGUACGACAUCUGGAGGUUUCACCUUACGACGGUAGAUCUCACAAAUCCAUUUCACCCUCGUUGGUUUGAUUCUAUUGGGGUCUUCCUUCGCCGGGAGAAGUAUUCUCACAUUUUCUGUGAUAACUAUCUCAUCCCAUUAAUCGCGUCGACAUGGAUACAGGAUCCUCGUUGCAUACUUUCAAUGCCGACUGGGGCAGUGGUGAGUUAUCUCAGGCGACAUAGGUUCCAACCCUUUUUCGCAAGAUCUUUCCUGUGGCGAUCAGUAGAAGGGGGUGCAAAACGGUAUAUAGAAGCAAUAUUUGACAACACCGAUGACUGUCAAGUGCAUCGAGCUACAAGAGUACAUCGAAUUCUUCACGAGGGCUCUAGAUUACGUUUACAAGUUGAGAAUGGGCCUACAAGCGACUUUGACCAUGUCAUACUUGCCACUGGCCCAGCCAACGCCCUACAGGUCUUGGAUGCCACAAACGAAGAAAGAAAAGUAUUGGAAAAAUUCAGGACUACCACUCACACCGUCUUCCUGCACUCGGAUGUGAAAUUUCUUCCCCCGACUAGAGAAAUCUGGGCAUUUCGGAAUUACCGGAUUCAUCGCUCUUAUUCAGAUGCCCUGUCAGAGUUAUAUAGCGGCUCCACAACAACGUAUAUCAACUAUGUCCAAAACGAAAAAGGCGGCGACACGAAGCCUCUUUUGCUGACAACCGACCCGGAAGUCCCGCCGCAAGAAUCCGAAGUGCAGUGUACUUUCAUGUACGAUGGUCCCGUAUACGACAAAGAUUCCAUCGUGGCGCAGCGGGAGAUGAAAUACAUCCAGGGUAGUAGGAACAUAUGGUUCACCAGCUCCUCGCUAGCACACGGACUUUCCGAGGACGGGUUUUGUCAAGGUAUUGAAGUCGCCCGCAUCAUCUGCCCCGAGCUCACUGUUAGCCUGCCCUUUAAGUUUCGGGGCCGACAUGAAAAAGGCGGCAAUGAGAUUAAUGCACCAAGAGGACGGCAUUUUGGAAGUAUAUGGCAAUCUGUACUACACUAUAUGCUGGUCUGUUACUCCUGGUGGCAUAAACUGUACAGAAUUUGGUCGAGGAUUUCUGACGGUGAACGCAUGUGGAAGCGUUGA